CAAUGACUGAAGUUUCACAUUAUUUAAAUUUAUUUUUAUAGGGUAAGCAUGGGACAAAUCUGAAAAGACAUCUAAGUAAUUACAUAGAAUUAUAUCAAGAGAUGCAAUUAAAAAAUGUAGAGAAAAAGAAGUCAGCAGCUACCAAAAAAAUGUAUUUUAGAAGGUCACGAAAAAUUGUUUCAGUUGAAUCUUGAUAAAAUAGAGAUGAAAACCAUAAUCAACGCUUAUGUAGAACUGAACUGGUAACCGUAAAUGGUCGCCCAUAUACCAUGUUAAAUGAUACAGGUUUAAGAAAAAUUAUUGAUCCUGUUUUGAAGGGAAUAAAUAAAAAAAAGUGUAUAAACUCAAACUCUAUUAAAAAAUAUGUCUGUGAAGAAUCAAUUUCCAUAAAAAGAAAACAUAAGUGUCGAAGUUCAAACAAAAGCCAAACUUGUUUCUUUGAAACUUGACGCUGUUAAACGGCUUAACAGAUCAUUUUUGGGGAUUAACUUGCAAUAUAUUGUUGAUGAUUAUAUUAAAUUAAGACUCUUGCGUUAAUCGAACUAUCUGAAUCGCAUACAGGUUUAUAUUUGAAAGACACAAUUUUAAAUGUUUUGAGGAUGUACAAAAUUGAACCAGAUCAAGUUUACACUAUAACGUCUGACAAUGGAGCCAAUAUGCUUAAAGCUUUAAAUUUAAUUGAAAAAGAAAUUUUAGAAUUGCAGUCACAAGACUUAAAUGAUGAAUCAGAUAAUUGUGAGACGGACCAAAUCAAUAGAAUAAUCGAUCUUGGUGAAGAACAAAUCAUUGAUCUGCUUAAAGAAAUUCUAGAUAGUAAUGACACUAAUAAAGAUUAUGAAAAGACUGAAGAUAUAUUGACUGAUAUUCAAUCCUUUCUAAGUCUUGGCGAUUCUUCAAUAUUAACUGGUGUACGCUGUGUUGCUCAUAUGCUACAAUUGGCUGUGAUUGACAGCCUCAAAGAUACUGGCAUUGAGAAAUUGCUCAACAAAGUCCGUAUUUUGGUGAGGGAACUUCGGAAUUAAACCUACAUUUAUUUAAUUAAAAAAGAAAAUUUUAAGUGCCCUAUUCUUGACUGUCUCACAUGUUGGCAUUCAACCUUUGACAUGUUAAAGAGUAUGAAACAUUUGAAAGAAUUCAUUCAAAACAAGGCAAACAACAAUUCAGUAUUAAAAAAAGUAUGUUUGAAUAAUACGGAAUGGAAACAAAUUGACAUUAUUUCCCAAGCACUUUUACCGACGAAAAUAUAUACAAAAAAAUUUCAGAAUGAGCAAUUAACAAUGACAGAUUUUUAUGGAUCUUGGAUUUUAUGUAAAAUUGAAACUGAAUAACUAAAUAGUUCAUUUUCCAAAGUUAUACUACAGUGUUUAAAAAACAGAGAGAAAAAUAUUAUGAAAAAUAAAGUUUUAUUAUCAGCA